CUAUCAUGAAAAUCUGAUGUAACUAGAUUUGACGCGCCGGCAAACUAACGGAUUGCAGGAUUCGUCCUAGACUUUGUUCCGCCGGUCGCAUGAAUGCGAUUGGACUAACUUGAUCUCUCCGCCGUGUAGUAUCGAGCUGAACAAUCAUUAAGCUGACAAGAAGAUCGGCGAGCCAAUUUUGGCAUUGGCAUAGCGACAUGCUGUGUCCAACAGUUCAUGAGAAAAAAAGUGUUGUCCAAACACUUGGUCACUCUGGGAUAUAAAUACUUGAAAUUCUCUGCCAUCAGACAAUAUUAUACCCAGCAUCAAUCAUUGUCCACAGACGAGGUUACCUCUAGUCCCUGCCCAUCAUGACUUCGCUCCGUAACAUCCUGUUCUCCCUGUACUCCCUUUCUUCCUUGGCCUAUGCUGCGCCACUUCAGGAGGAUCUGGAGGGACGAAACCUUAACAAGCUGCUAUGUGCCCUCGAGAACCCCAUCAUAUCAGUUCUUGGUGCCAAGACGUCAGCGACGGCUUUCUGCUCCUCCUAUCUAAGCAUUGCUACACAAACGUUCUCUGCUACUGCCACGACUUCAACGUCCACGAGCACAACGACCACCGUCUUGACCGGAACACAGGUCAUUACCGAUCCUACUUCCACUUCCACUAUAGUCUCGAGCGUCACCACAACCGCCGUCGUUUUCACCACAUCCGAUGAUACUGCCGCGCCCACGGCGUUGAAGCGUGACGUUAACUUUGGCAAGCCCAGCACGGUGAGCGUGCCAGCUCAGCUCACGAAAUUUGCGGCGACGGUGCUAUCUUCAGCGUGCUCUUGUCUGUCAAUUCCCACGCCUUCCGUCACGAACACCCAGACGGUGACCAGCACGGUCUCACGAACCUCGACCACUUCUACAUUUGCUGGAACUACUACGUACACCCCGGUGGCUUAUACUACGACCACUACCACGGAUACAGCAACAAGCACGUCGACCAUUUUAAAGAGUAAUGUCCUCUCGACUAUUGUAGCCAUCGUUAACCAAGAUAACUAUCAGUCCUUCUGUUCUGAUAUUCUUGCCUACACAACACCCGUAACAACGGCCUAUGAGACGACCACAGCCACUACUGCAGUUACGGCAAGCAAAACCACCACCGUUACCAGCUACGCUACCAUCACCACUACCGUCGUCCAGGGAGCGGCAAAGCGCCAAGAGUCAGGUGCCACAGACACGACCUCGGCAGCCACGACGAACGCAACCCCGGUAGAGUUGGCGACAUACCCUGCUGAUUAUGUCACGUCUGCUUGCAGCAUGGCUGUCACUUCGCCCGCUACCUCGACCAUCUCUAGCACCAUCACCGUCACGACAACCCAAACGAGCGUCCAGCUGGCCACCGUGACUGCACAAGCCACGAGUGUCAUCACAAAGACUUGCGCCAAGUACCCUGUUUCGAACAGUGGCUUCGAGACGGGCACCUUUAGCGGGUGGACCUACUACAACCCCAUUGGUGGCGCCGGUGGCUCGUGGUCCAUCGUCUCUGGUGGAUACUCAAGUUCCUAUGCCGCCCAGCUCACGAUGCUGAACCCGGAUACGUCCAAGUAUGGAGGCUUUGCGGGCUAUAUCACACAGAACGUUGCCACGUGCGUCGGAUUGUCCUACACGGUCUCCUUCAACUACGAUUGCACCACUGUCAACAACGGUCUCGCUAUCUAUGCGUGGGGCGGAGGUGGCAACUCGGGCCAGUUCUCUUGCCCAUCUGCCGGUAACUGGUAUUCCACGUCGUGGACCUUCACCGCAACGAGUACCUCGACUGCGAUUUACGUCGAAGGUGUGCAGAAUGGAGUCGCACGGGGCACCAUCUUGUUUGACAACAUUGUCGUCACCCUGAACCAAUAGUUGGAGGUCGUGUGGAACGGUUCAGUUUGUCGCCGGACCUCUAUGAUCUGGGAGAUAAUUCGGCGC